AUGGAAGAGAUGAUGAGUGAUAUGCAGAAGAUGAUGACAGACCAGGAAAAGUUGAUAGCGAAUAAUCAGAAUCGUGAUUUGGCAGUGCGAAAUUUAGAAAGGCAGAUGGGUCAUAUAGCUGGUGCACAAAACCCUAGACCACCUGGGGCACUUCUAAGUGAUACUGAUGUGAAUCCAAAGCCAUGCAAUGCUGUUACUCUUCGGAAUACAAGAGAAUUAGAGGAAGUAGCUCCAAAGAAGAUCAGUCUAGUGAGAGCUGAAAAAGAGAAGAUUGCAGAAGAGAUGAUUGAAGAAGAGAGGGUAGUCGAGACACCAGUGGUACACGUGAAUGUCCCGUUGGUUGAUAUGUUACAGGGUAUUCCAAAGUAUGCUAAGUACAUCAACGAUAUUGUUGCAAACAAGAGCCGAUUCACAGAGUAUGCCACAGUCGCACUUACUGAAGAGUGCAAUUCUCAUAUAUUCGAAAGGUUGCCCACAAAAUUGAAGGAUCCCGAAAGUUUCACGAUUGAGAUUUCUGUUGGGAAGCAGGUUGUAGCUCGAGCACUAUGUGAUCUGGAUGCAAGUAUAAAUUUGAUGCCUUCAUUUAUCUUCAGGAAGCUGGGUUUGGAAGUCCCCAGACCAACCACUAUAGUUCUUCAACUGACAAAUAGAUCAUUGGCAAGACCCGAGGUCAUUAUUAAAGAUGUAUUGGUCCAAGUAGGGUCAUUCAUAAUUCUUACAGACUUCAUGAUUUUGGACUUCGAGCCAGAUCCGAAAGUCCCAUUUAUUUUGGGGCGUCCAUUCUUGGCUACAGGGAGAGCACUUAUUGAUGUAGCUACUAGGCUGCUCACCAUAAGAGUACACGAUAAAGUUGAAGUCUUCAAUAUAUACAAGGUCUAUGAGGAGGUGUCAGUUAUUACUGUACUGAAUAAUGAUACCCGAAGUCCACUUAUCACUUCUCAUGAUCUAUUGGAGAGAGCCCUAGUGGGUGAUGAUAUUUUUAGUGAUUUAGAGGCAUUUGAGAUGGUGCAGAUUCUAGAUAUGGCGAGCAUUUAUAUUCGUGAGGGCGAGUUUGAGCCCUUAGACAGAAAAACGGGAGUAACUCCGAAGUUGUCAAUUGAAGAGCCUCCGAAUUUGGAGUUGAAGCCCCUACCUGCACAUCUUAAAUAUGCAUUCUUAGGCGAGGGUAAUAGCUUUCCAUAG